UUAGCAUUUGGAGUCACUCAACAAAAUGGCUCAAGCUGUAGUUCUCCUCGCAUCGAUGCUGAUCUUCAGCAAUGUGGGACACUGCGUUUUCUCCCCCACUCUCAUUGUGGACAUGGCAAAAGUUCUCAUGGACAACUACUGCACACCAGAAAAACUCAAAGGUAUGGAAGAGACAAUUGAUGCCGCCAGGAGUAACACAGAGAUCCUCAGCAUCCCGGAUCCGGCCACCCUUGCCAGUGUUUUGACCGAGGGGGUUAGAAACACAAUAGGUGACUCCAGAGUGAAAGUCACAUAUGAGCCUGAAUACGUUCCUGCCGUACCUCCAGCCAUGCCUGACCUCCCACCUGAGCAGCUGGCCGGCAUGAUCAAGGCCUCCGUUAAAGUUGAGGUUCUGGAAGGCAACAUUGCCUACCUGAAGAUUCAGCACAUCAUCGGAGAGGAGAUGGCUCAGAAGGUUGGUCCCCUUUUGCUGGAAUACAUUUGGGACAAAGUCCUCCCAACCUCGGCCAUGAUUCUGGACUUACGCUCGGCAGUCAGCGGUGAGCUAUCAGGAAUUCCUUACAUCGUGUCCUAUUACACUGACUCCGAACCUCUGAUACACAUCGAUUCUGUGUACGAUCGCCCCUCUGACAUCACCACAGAGCUGUGGUCCAUGCCCACUCUGUUGGGAAAGAGGUACGGAACCUACAAACCUUUGAUGAUCCUGACAAGCAAAAAUACACUCGGGGUUGCAGAGGAUGUGGCUUACUGCCUUAAAAAUCUCAAAAGGGCCGCGAUUGUUGGCGAAAAGACAGCUGGGGGAACGAUGAAAAUCAACAAAAUCAAGGUGGGGGACACUGACUUCUACGUGUCUGUGCCUGUUGCUAAGUCCAUUAACCCCAUCACUGGCAUGAGCUGGGAGAUCGAUGGAGUGGCACCAGAUGUAGAAGUCCCUGCAGAAGACGCUCUUGAAACUGCAAUCGCGAUAAUUCAACUUCGUGCUGAACUACCUGGGUUGCUUCAGACUGCGGCGGCACUUGUUGCAGACAACUAUGCCUUUCCAAGCAUCGGCGCUGAUGUAGCCGAGAAGCUAACGGCUGCUGCUGAUGGUGGAGAAUACAACCUGAUCUCAACAAAAGACGAACUGAAAGCAAAGCUCUCUGCUGACCUCCUGAAGUUGUCGGGGGACAAGUGCCUAAAGACCACCAGCAACACCCCCCCACUACCUCCAAUGAAUCCAACACCGGAGAUGUUCAUUGAGCUUGUCAAAGUUUCAUUCCACACAGACGUAUUUGAAAAUAACAUUGGUUACCUUCGCUUCGACAUGUUCGGAGAUUUCGAGCAUGUUGCUGCCAUCUCAAAGAUCAUUGUGGAACAUGUCUGGAACAAAGUGGUUGACACAGAUGCACUGAUCGUUGAUCUGAGGAAUAACGUUGGCGGGCCUAUUUCCUCCAUUGCUGGAUUUUGCUCGUACUUCUUUGACAGCGACAAGCAGAUUGUGCUGGACCGAUUGUACGACAGACCCUCUAAUACCACAAGAGACCUCCUAACCCUUACACAACUCACAGGGAGGAGAUACGGCAGCAAAAAAAGCCUGUUGGUCCUAACCAGUGGUGUGACUGCCGGUGCGGCCGAAGAGUUUGUUUUUAUCAUGAAGAGGUCUGGACGUGCAAUGAUUAUCGGCGAGACAACCCGUGGAGGAUGUCAUCCCCCUGAGACCUUCCGUGUCGGCGAGAGUGAUAUCUUCCUGUCAAUGCCAGUCGCUCAUUCAGACACUUCUCAGGGCCCGUCCUGGGAGGGGGCUGGCAUUGCCCCUCACAUUCCGGUCCCUGCAGGCGCUGCCCUCGACACAGCGAAGAGCAUCCUCAACAAGCAUUUUUCUGGGCAGAAAUAAGUCGCUCAUCGGGGCCUAGUAUGGAAGCCAAUUUAUAUAGGAUGUGCUAUUUAGAGGGAUAAAAUAUUGUAGAGGGCUGUUAAACCUGUAUAUCUAACUUAUUGAAUUUUAAGAAACUUAGUGACAGCGAUGAUCUUCUCCUGAACAUUAUUAUUGAUGGUUAUCACAUAAAGUAAUACUCAGCCUGUUUCAAAUUGAAUGGUACUUUGUGUACUUGUUUCCUUUGUGUGCAUUACAAUUUAUGUGCAUUUGUAUUAAAAUCUACAAAUGAAAUACAGUUAUGCAUCACAUGAAACUGAAACAUGUCUUCAAAUUUAUAAUAACUGAAACUUGGCCUCGGGGUUGUAAUGAAACCAA